UUUGCGUUGCAUGUCUUUUUUUUCAUAAAUAUUGGAGCUAAAAUUCCACAUAGUCCUACGCAUGUUGUUUAAACUGAUCUUGAUCAAUAAUACAUAAAAUUGAGCUUUUAUUUCCGGUAGAUUAAAGGUAUUUGAUUUACCGACUUUUAUUUGGAUGGGUAUUGGAUUUUAACUUGAUAAUUAUUUCCGUAAACGGUUCACUAUGGUGCAAUUAUGGAUACGUCAAAAGUUGACUAUGCAAUUUGUUUUAAGUGCCAGAAUACAAAAACACUCUUAACCUGUUAAUCUGCACUGAAACCUAUCGGCGGGCAACAUCGACACGGGCUGUAAUUUACUACGUCUAGAGCCUCAUACUACAUGUUUUCCCGUGUGAAUUGGUUUAGCAAAGGUAGGAUUAUUUGCCGGUAUUUAUUGAACCUAAUCCGACCAAUAAUUAGCGGUCGUGCGGCGUAGGAUACAUCAUCUCCACUGCUCGUAUAAGAAUAUCACAUCGUGCUCGCUGGUUGUGAUAGCAGUCGGUUCUUUUUCUCAUUAUCUCGCUCAAACUUUUCCCGCAAGAAUUUUAAAAUGACACCAAAAGAAAUUAUUCUGUCGUUGUGCGUUUUGGCUUCAGUCGUCUGCCUCAGCUACGCACAGUGUGAAACCCACGAAAAACCGUGUAUUUACGAAAACAAAAUAUAUGGUUCACUAGAGAAGUGGACAACUAAGGAUUGUAAAACGUGUACAUGUUCAUAUGCUGGAAAUGGUUACCAAUGUUGUAGAGAUGCAUGGAUGCCAAUAGAUUAUUCAUGGGACGACUGUGUACCGGUUUGGGACGAAGAUAAUUGUGUCUAUCGACUUGUACGAAUCGAAGAUCCUGAUGUUGAGUGCGAAGUCAUGGGUGGAGUCAUGUAAAAACACUACCGGCUGCUAGUAACAACAAUACGAAAAAGAUCAUAAAUACCACAUUAUGGUUUGGGAAUUAUGACACCGUACUUUUACACAGUCAACAAUUACGAGACACACACAGGACAUACGAGAGAAAAUUUUUACUUAAAUCUUAAACUGGCACGAAAUAUUUUUAUGCGAAGAGACUCUAAUGCGUCAUGAGGGGGAGGAUUUAUUGUGAUAAUUUUUCUCCUUUGUUUUUUUAAACCAAAAGUGCUCAUUUUGCUAAAAAUGAUUCUUUAUUGAAAUUUGUCGUGAUCUUAGCACUCGUCUUCAAGUUAACUGCGUCUUUUAAAAGGCACAGUAUUAUUUGUACAUGUAAUUAGGUUUGAUUAAUUCUGUUAAUUUCUUCUAUUAAUUACUUAACAUAGAGAGAAAGAAAUAAGUUGGUGCUUGUUGCGACAAUAAAUUAUUUGGUGCUUGUUAUUCUUAAUUUUAGUUUUUUCUGUUUGUUUUUCUUUUUUUGGUACCGUACAAAUUUAGCAAAUUUAAUGUGAAUUGUAAGUAAUCGUUAUUCAAGUAUCGAAUAAUAAAAAUGGUAAUAGGAAUAAUAAAAUAGUAUUAUAAGAAAUAAAUAAUGCAGUAUUCCUAAAGCCGGGCACUCACUGAGUCGUACGGUACGGUCGUGCAACCGUCGCACGACGAAUCCAACUCCGCUCCCUGUGAUCGAUAGACGACGCAAAUCCGUCUGCUGAUUGUCGGUAGCAGUCUGAACGGAUCGUCAUUGAAUACGAUCCGUUGCGCGCGCGUCGUCGCGUUGCGUUCUUCAUAGAAUCGCGUCAGCCGACGACCGUCGUGCGCCGUGUGAGUGACCGGCUUAACAUAGAAAUAUGGGAAAAAGACGAUGACAGCAAUGAUGAUGCAAGACGCUGGUUAUGAUGAUGUCGCUGCUGAAGAUUGUAGUGAUGAUGGUGAUGGGGAUAAUGCACAAUAAUGAUGGUAAAUAUGAUGAUGAUGGUGAUGAUGAUGAUAUUAAUGAAGAUGUUGAUGAUGAUAAUGACGAUGACAAUAAUGAUGACGAUGAUGAUGAUGAUGAUGAUGAUCAUCAUCAUGUUAACAAUGAUUGCACUAAUUGUAGCUGUGAUGAUAAUGAUAAUGAACCGUAUACAAAAAUAUAAAUAUUAUGAUGGUUAUAUUAUUAUAAUUAAAGACGACAAGUAUUGCCUGCUUAAAUUAUCGUUAGGUCAUCACACUAUCAUUAUAACAACUAAUUAUUAUGUAACGCCACGAAAUACCUGCUCGCCACAAAAUAAAAUCAAUAAUAAUUUGCAUAAUCUCCAUGACAGCGGUUUACAACUAAUGAAUUGAAAUUCAAAUCGAUAUGAAGUCAAAAGAUAUUCAUAAAUAAACCCUGCACCAAUAAUCAAUAUUAAAAACUGUAAGAUGAACUAAAGCUUGUUUGGUAAGUCGAUUCUUCAAACAUUACAGAGGAAGAAGUCAGGUAAUGUUUUGUGUCUUAAGUAAAUAUAGGAAUGAAGAGUGAGCAAGAGAUGUUUAAAAUGAAGCAUUUGCAUGUCUCUGUUUGCGCACUGCUCUUCAUAUGUGUCACGUGUGUUGCAGAAACAACGAAAAAGCCAAGUAAUGGUAUUUGCCCUAUUAAUCCGACAUUGUCGACCGACGUUGAUGGGAACACGUACCUAUGUCCAAAAUUCAAUCCUGAUGGGACAGAAAAUACGCACACAGAAUGUUGUCAUAACGACCGUCCUGAUGAGGAGGGUAACUAUCAUUCGUGCUGUCAGAACGAUGAAGACAAGUCUGCAGAACAGAAUGCUGCGUUUUAUAGAAUGCUUGCAUAUAUAUUCUCCGGCACAGCCGUCUGUAUUGCAAUCGUGAUAGUGUUUACAUAUUGUAAACCGGAUACAUUUCCAUGUUUAAAACCGCUGAAGAGAUAUGCCAAGAGAGGUUUCGACCUUACAAUGGACGCAAUUUGUUUCUGUCCAUGUUUACCAAAUAUCAAGAAGACGAAUUUUACUAGUAUGAACCUUUCUGUAAGUGAGAAUAAAAAUAGAGCAGAGAGGGUUAAUUGCCAAGAAAAACCUUGUGCAAAAAGCGGAGAAAAUGGAGACAUCGAAGCUGAUGACAAUACAUAUUAUUGCAUGGCUACAGUUAAUAACCAACCUAGCCCUUACACACGAUGCUGCUGGACAGACCGACCUGUAAACAGUGCAGGCGUCUAUGACCCGAAUGGAGCAGAGAGGGUUAAUUGCCAAGAAAAACCUUGUGCAAAAAGCGGAGAAAAUGGAGACAUCGAAGCUGAUGACAAUACAUAUUAUUGCAUGGCUACAGUUAAUAACCAACCUAGCCCUUACACACGAUGCUGCUGGACAGACCGACCUGUAAACAGUGCAGGCGUCUAUGACCCGAAUGGUAAAACAUAUUCAUGUUGUAAGGAAAAGGACGAGGCUAAAAAAGAAAUGUGGAAAGACUUCAUAUACAUAUGUGUUUAUGUGAUUAUUGGUACGGCAUGCUUAAUGAGUAUCGUCUAUGUUACUACAUACUGCAAGGUUGAUACAUUUCCCUUUUUGAAACCAGUUCGAAAGAAAUUCGCAUUUUGGAAGAAUAUUAUGCUUGACUCGAUCUGUUUUUGUCCCUGUUUGCCAAAGAAAUUUCGACGAAAAAUUCAUAAAAAAAAUAAACUCAGCACACCACCAGUGAUUAAAGUGGCACAAGAUGAAACGCAGCCGAACACCACACCUGUUGAGGAAAUCGGGGACGGAUAUGCUGCUGUAGAUAUUUGGUAGUGGUCCGUCGAUUAAUGAAACUUUGGACUGAGUUAAGCUGUUAAAAAUUCAUGUGCAUGUCGAUGAAUGGAUGUGAAUACUGGAUAACGGAAAAUAAAAGGCUACUGUGGAUUGAAAA